CUUUAGGCUGCCUUGUCAUGAAGCGUGGAUUUGGGUCUCUGGGCAGGAGGGUGACGUCUGCAGCAGCGUGGGGCAGCGGAUGAGCAUUGCUCUGGGCCGCCAGCAUGGUGCAGUAAAAGGGGUCUCCGUGCUUUUCCCAAGCGCCUUUCAAAAUACCUGCACUAGCUGUUGCAAUUACUAGUAACCAGAGCCGCCCUUGUCUGAGGAGGGGAACCCUGAAUGCCUGAGUGUCACACAGGAUAAGGCUUGUCGAAGUUGGAGUCCCUUUGGUACAGAUGGCUUCUGCAAAAAAUAAGCAACUCUGCAGUAAUUCCCGCUUGUACUUUACCAGCUCUUUCAAAUAGGAUCUGUGCAGGCAUGUGAGGGCAGAGCAGCAGAGUUUUCUGGGGAGACUCAGCAGUUGUCCUGACUUUCAGUUCAUUCAGAGUCAGCCUGGGGCAAGCUAGUGAGCAAGCCAGUUAAGAGUGAGAUGUAGCUCUGUUUUAUUGCGAUACUGCCCAAUAGCUGAAGUUCUCUGGGUGGUUUGUAAAAGCUUCCACUCCCCCCUCCUUGUCUUCUCUAGGGCAGGGUGUUCUUCCAAAUGAAGCCCUUCUUCCCUCGCUCUCCCAGUGGCCUCCAGAUUGCAGUAGAAGUGCAGCAUCCCUCGGCCUUGUUGGAGGGCACCAAGCUGGGGAAGGCCGGCCUUGCUCUUUUCUUUCCCGGAGGCCUGGGCUGGUGUGGGGGUUGCACUCUGUCCAGGGCAUGGCGUACAAGGCUGCACUGUUCAAGCGUGCCUCAGCCAGGGCUCGCCUGGCACCGGGAGCAGGCACAAGCCGGCUCGCCAGCAAGUACUGAAGGACACUGUCUCCCCAGGAGUGCUCGGCGUGCUCUCACAGCUGACGCCUUGUUUUCCCUCGUGUGCACAUGCCCCACACUUGCAGCAUUAACCUGACAAGCGCGAGUCGUCCUGUGGCUCUUCAGGCGAGCCUGCUUUCUUGAGCCUGACCACCGCCCCGAUGCCUGGCCGGCACCUCCGUCCUCUCGGCACCAAGGAGCCACGUGAGCUUCGCAAAGGCUCACCUCCAGCACGGAACCCACAUGUGGCUUGAUGGCGGAACAAAGCCUCUGCCAGCUGUUUGGAAAUGUGGGUUCAGACUUCGGGAUGAAUCAUUCUGCAAAACACACAUGCUCUUGAGGCUGUGGUGAGUCGGAUCCUGGCUGUGGCCAACUCCCAGCGCAUCUUCCUCCCCUUUAAAGCCCGAGGAGGAGUGCAAACAGCUCCAGAUGUUGCUGCUGGUCCAGGCUGUUCUUCCUCUGUGUUCUGCCAGGACAGGCAGCUAGAACAGUGUCGAGGAGGGUGGGUGGGAGUAGGCGAUUCUUUUCAUCAUUUCCCCCCACCUCCCCGUUGAUCCACAACUCCACUGCCUUUCCUUCUCCACCUCCCUUGCAAAUGGCUUGUAUCACUCUGAGGAUGAGGUAGCAGGAAAAAUGACUGCUUUUUCUGUAAGAGGGUUUUUUGGCAGGCAGGGAGGUGGGCGUGGAAUCACUUACGUCGCAGGUUUGGCCAUUCUCUUUUCCCCAAGUUUUCAAACUUGUUUCACCAUCUAAGAGUAUUGUAGCAUUUUGGCCAACAACAAGAUGCAGUUUGGGGGAAAAGGACGUUUGCUUAAGGAUGGCAAGAAUGUCUGGUGAUGAAUGUGAGGAGUGUUUCUUCUGUCUCUCUCAACAAAGAUUGAAAUUCUUGUGCGCCUGAACAGGCGUUGUAUUUUCAGAUGGAAAGGGACGCCUUUGCGUGGAGUCCCCGUUGUUCCAGCUGUGGGCGAGUUCCAGCCCAUCAAGUGCCAAGCGGCUAUUUCAACAAAGAGAAGUCAGCCUAUAGCAAGAUGUAGUGGACUCCACCUCAGUGGCAGAACUCUGUCUAGCCAUUGGAACAGGAACUUGUGAUAGCCUAGAUGUGGGACUGAAACGAGUUGGUGGCGCUUGCAAACAACUCUUGGCGUGUGCAUUUGAUGCUUUGUUGGAUCGCCUCUGACUUCAGCAGUUCAGAUAUGUGGGGUGCUUCAGCUGGUAGCUGGCAGCUGUGUGUGUGUCUUCCGAGGGAAAGGGUCUGCCUCGUCCUCCCUGCUUAUUGUACUCUGUGUUCAGCGCUACCGUACGGGGCUGUGCAGAUUCAUGUCCUGCGUUGAGUGACUCAUUUCCUACUGAACUGUUUGCUGGGAUGCCCUCUGUUUGGACUUUUCCUUUGUCAGUAAUAUACUUCAGCACAGUAUUUGCAGAAUGAACUUUUUUUCGCACUCCUCUGGAGAGGAGAAAUCCAGAUCUCUCUGUAAGCACACACAAGGUCAGGGACUGUUAAACAGAAGUGACUAUCCGUGUAAACAAGGCUUGGAACAGAACAUACGGUAUGUGCAUGCAGUAAUAUGAGAUACGUACAUUUCCAGCAACAGAUCAAACAGGGUCCAGAAGAUGUGUUUAAAAUUAAAAUCAGCAUGCAGCAGUGUAGACCAAUCCUGAGGACAGAGAUGUCUGCUUCUUUCUGAUGAAAGACUCUGAUCCUUGAGUAAUCUGCAUUUGCAGAGUCCACGGAGCACUGCUGUGGGGAAGGAGGAAGUGGAGUCAGUUACGCCCCUGCCCCCAGAAGAAAUUGGAUGAACCUCCGGGAUGCAGAAACAGGAAAAAUUCUCUGGCAAGGCACAGAAGACCUUUCCGUCCCUGGAGUAGAGCAUGAAGCUCGCGUUCCAAAGAAAAUCUUGAAAUGCAAGGCCGUAUCUCGGGAGCUCAACUUUUCCUCAACCGAGCAAAUGGAGAAAUUCCGUCUGGAACAGAAAGUGUAUUUCAAAGGACAGUGUCUAGAAGAAUGGUUCUUCGAGUUUGGCUUCGUCAUCCCCAACUCCACGAACACCUGGCAGUCCUUGAUAGAGGCAGCUCCAGAGUCACAGAUGAUGCCCGCAAAUGUUCUCACUGGCAACGUUAUCAUAGAAACCAAGUUUUACGACGACGACCUCCUCGUAAGCACUUCCAGAGUGAGACUGUUCUACGUUUGAGAGACGGCCAGGCUGGGGCUCGGGCCUGGUGUAGCUACCCCUGCCCUCACCCGGCUCCUGGCGCCGACUCCCCCCCUGCCCCAGAAAGUGUCACGGGGAAGACCCGCUCCUUCUCUGCCCUCCCUUCAGGCAGCAACCAGCACAGCCGGGUGGCAGCUUCCUCUGCCCGUCCCUCCCCCUCCGCUUUGCUCUUCGCUGGAUGAGGCCGGGCUGCCAGGCCGGCGGCCGUCCGCUCAGACGCAGGGCUGGGGAGGGAAACGGACUCUGUUAGAGACCCAAACCGGUGAGCAAACGGGCAUGGAGGAUCGAGACUGUAAAUUAUGUUUAGGAUUUUUAACAAUCCUUUGUACAUCUCUGUAUCUUAGUACCAGACCUUCCCUUCUCGGCAGGCGAUGCGUCAACUCAGUUUUUCCUCAUUAUUUGUUUUGUUUUGCUGUUUUUAAGUUAAUUCUCUCAGCCGUCUCCCUGUCCCUUCCUGUCUUUUUUUUUUAAACAUUAACUCCAUCUCUUAGUUCUACGAAACUGGUCCAGAGAUCCCCCCCCUCAUUCCCUUUGCUCCUUAAACUUGUAAAAUAGACUGUGAUUAUUACAUAAUGUAAUUAAAAUAAAUUUCUGAAUUAAAAAGCAAACAUUCCUAUCA